AUGAGGUACAGGACGGUGGUGAUGUACUUGGAGAUCGGCUGCUUUGUGUGCUGCCUCUGUGGCUGGAUCCUGGUCUCCUCCACUCUUCCCACAGAGUACUGGAGUCUCUCAGAGGUGGGCAGCAAGGUGCUGACGACCUCCAACUACUACUCCAACCUGUGGAUGGACUGCGUCUCUGACACCACAGGGGUGUCCGACUGCAAUUACUAUGACUCUCUGCUGACCCUGCCUGCAUUCCUGCAGGCCUGCAGAGCUCUGGCUGUCUGUGCUGUCAUCACAGGCUUCUUUGGGAGCGUCCUCACACUCAUAGGGAUGAAAUGCACUAAAAUAGGUGGGACAGACAUUAUCAAUACAAGGGUGACAUUUUCUGGUGCGGUCACCUACCUGGCUUCAGGUGGCUGUGGUAUUAUCACCUACUCAUGGUGGGCCAACAGAGUCAUAAAUGAAUUUAAGGAUCCAAAUUUCAAGGCACAGAAAUUUGAACUUGGAGCUGCGAUUUUUAUUGGCUGGGGAGGAUCAGUUCUCCUCAUCUGUGCAGGAGCGGUGCUGGCUUAUUUAUCUGGGAAAGAAAUUCUGUCAUCAAGGUCACGGAGACCAAUUUCCUCCACUGUCCGUAUGAGAGGAACAGAUGCGCCGCCACCCACGACCUCUAAAGAGACACUGGUGCCGCCACUGAACGGCCGAACAACCAGAGCAACAAACCUCACCAGAGACAGCUUAGUUUGAGCCAGAGUGAAGAGAGCAGAGUCCGUCCAAGAUGAAGCUGGAGCGGGCAGUAUCUUUUGUCCUGUCUCCUUCGCCUCAGCGCCAACCGGUCACAGCAGAUGACCCCCCCCUCCCUGAGCCUGGUUCUGCUGGAGGUUUCUUCCUGUUAAAAAGGACUUUUUCCU